AUGGAUAGUAGUAGUGGAAUUGAGAGCAAUGGGCGUGUGCCACUUUCAGCGGUUGUUGCAGAUUGUGUGAAACGGUGGUUUAGAGACACUCUGAAAGAAGCUAAAGCUGGGGACAUAAACAUCAAUCAAGUAUCUACUCUAUUAGUAUCUUGUGAGAAGGAAGUUGAGAGAAAAACUGCAAAAACUGCUGACAUGAAGGAGAAGGGUGCUGACCCUUAUGAUCUCAAGCAACAGGAAAAUGUGCUGGCUGAGUCUAGGAUGAUGAUUCCUGAUUGCCACAAGUGCCUUGAGGCCGCACUCGCGGAUUUAAAAGGAGCAUUGGCUGAGCUAGAGGAAUCAAAUGAGAAGGAAGGUUCUGAAAUCGAUGAUGCUCGAAACACCAUUGUUGAAGUUGAGAAAGUAGUUGGAACUACUGAAGCUUAGCUAGGUAGUUUAACCACUACUUUUGAUUGUAGAAAUUGAGCUUGUAUUACAUAGCUUCCAUCUCACAGAAACAACCAUACAUGGGAAUAGGUUAUGAAACUUGUUUAACAAGAUUUAAUCUUCUCUAGUUAUGUGCUGUUGAACAUUUGAAAAUGAAUGAAUAUGACAUCUUCUAUAAGCCUCA